AAUAUUCCAUUAAUUGCAAUUUUCAUUUUCUCAAUGAAUGAAUGGUUUUUGUCUUUCAGGUUUUAUACUAGGGACCAUAAUGUGGGUUUGCUAUUUUUGGGAAGAAUCGGUGAGGGACCAUGUGGGUUUCCUUAAGAAAGUGGAUUUUGAGCGGGAUUGUUGUAUUGUAUCUGGUGGUUUUGGGAUCAUCCAGAUGCUUAACACAACAUUUCUAAGGGUUAUAUGGAAAUGCCCAUUUGGGAUUUUUUGAGUUUCUCUAGCAGAAUGUUCAGUUGUAGUUCUGAGAAUCAUUGUAGGCCUAGUUUAGGAAACUUGUAAUGGCUGUGAGUAUCUAUCGAGAAGCUUUGAUGUGGGUUUUCAGUUCGAGGAUGCCUGUUUCGAGCAUUUUUGAAUGAAUUUCUGGUCUACUUUCAAUGCAUCGUAUGCAUGGUGGAAGUAGUAAUGUUGGCUAUGGAGGAGACCCUUUUUGUUUUUUUAAGUAGUUUGAUAUCGUUAUAAACUAGUGCCAUGAUGGAGUUUAAGAAGAUUCAUGAGGACCCCACUGUGUCUACUCAGGGACCAUUCAUAGAUUCUGUUAAAGCAAACAUUUUCUCUGUAUUUUAUUAGAUUUUUAAAUCUCUGGGUGUUGCAGUCGCUGUCGGUUCACUGUUGCUUCCUCUGUCUCUUCUUAAAAAGUGUAUACAGCAUAUGCCUCAGAAACUGUUGGUUGUUUUUGUGAUAUGUACCUUGGAGUAUUUGUUUUGCUUCCUUUUUUUAAUAGAUAUUCCUCAGAUAUUAUUGCUUUCUGUGUCAUUGUAGUAUAUGCCUUUGAAUUCUUGCUCUCUGUGUCUUAUGUAGUGUAAGCCUUAUGUACCUGUUUCCAAGUCUGUCAUAAAAUAUUAUCUCUAAAAUGUCUCUACAGUCGCCUCCUCGUCCUACUCAUUCCCAACUUGUAGAUUCCCAACAAGAGGAUCAUCAACACCGCCACCCAUAUGAAAGUCACAAAGAGAAGCAGAAUCAAGAGCAGCAAAAUGCACAACUACUCCGGCAAGAGCAGCAGCAGCAGUUACAGAAGAUUAAGGAAGAGCACCAGCAGCAGUUGCAGAAGAUUAAGGAAGAGCACCGGCAGCAGUUACAGAAGAUUGAGGAAGAGCAGCAAAUGCUACAGGAGCAUCAGCAAGAGAAGCAGCAUCUAUGUCCAAAUCAGCAGCAGCAGCCAAACCGACCCGAAUGUCAGCAAAAGCAGCUAGACUGUCCAUACGAAGAGCAGCAGCAGUACCAAGACCAAGACCAACAAGAGCAAAAUACUUUUCAGGACCCGCAACAGCAGCAGCAGCAACAUCAACAGCACCCGCAUGAAUGUAAGCAAGAACAACCAAAUUCUUGCCAAUAUCAACACGAGCAGCAUAACUUACAGAAAGAAAAGAAAGAGCGGCAGGAGGCAAACCUGAACCUUCGUCAGCCAAAGCAAGAACAAAGCUUAUACAACAGUAAGCAAGGAGAAGAUCAACUCCCACACCAAGAUCAGCAACAUCAUAACACAUGUCAAUAUCGUCAGCAAUUGACGCCUCAACAUCAACACCAGAAUCAUAAUCAACAACAUCCGCAACACCCACACCAAUCUCCGCAGUACCCACAUCAUGAUCAGCACACUCCACAACAUUUCCAUCAACACCAGCAACACCCACAUCUAUAUCAGCAGCAACCACACCCUGAUCAUCACACCCCGCAACAACAUCAUUCACACCAGCAACAUCCAUAUCCAUAUCAGCAACAGCAACAACAACAGCAUACGAAGAGGGGAUUGGUGUGCUUGUAUCCUGAAGUCAGAACGCCCAUUGCUCACACUCUGCAUUAUCUCGCCUCUCCUCCAGCCCAGCUGGGUGGUACGUUUGGUUCUUCACCAGGUAACGUGCAGCUAUCUCAAAAUCAACAGUAUGUGCAGGGGUCUGCUAUUCACGAGUCUUUCAUUCCCCAGCAUAUUUAUCCUCCACCACUUGCAAGCCAUGGAGAAGUUGUGGACAACAAGGAUUUGUUUUUGACUACUCUAAGCAAGUUUCAUGCCGCACUUGGCACCAAAUUAUCUAUACCCAGAAUAGGAGGCAAGGAUUUGGAUCUUCAUCUUCUAUACAAAGAAGUGACAGCUCGUGGUGGGCUAGAAAUGGUCAUUAAAGAUAGGAAAUGGAAGGAGAUCACUUUGGUGUUCAACUUUCCUCCAACAACUACGAGUGCCUCAUUUGUCUUACGAAAGUAUUAUUUUUAUCUGCUUCACCAGUAUGAGCAGGUUUACUUCUUUCAGCGUAAGGGACCUGUAGUUUCAUCAUCAGUUUGCCUCCCUUCAGUAUCUCCAGCUUCCCAUUCACUGUCAGAGACAGAAUGCACACGUUCACCUUCGGAAGGUCCUGUAGUAGAUAAGAAAAAGCAGAAGAUUGAUUCUGCCCAAGCACUUGGAGUUGACCCGGCAUCAUCUAUUGGAACUGUUGUUACUGGUUGUAUUGACGGAAAAUUUGAGCAUGGUUACCUAGUCAAUGUGACUGUUGGGACAAGGAAAAUGAGGGGUGUUUUGUACCAUGUUCCUCCUUCCAGCACUGUACCACAGCAUGCAACUGUAUAUUCCUUUAUGAAUAGCCUGGGUAAUGAGUUCAAACCCUCUGUCACAGAACAGCAGAUUCAACGCAGGCGAAAAAAAAAGCUAAUGACUAGAAAGGAUCCCAGUGCACCAAGGCAGAACAGAACUGGCUAUAACUUUUUCUUUGCUGAGCAACGAGCUAGGUUGAAGUCAACUCAACCAGAUAAGGAUAGAGCAAUUAGCAAGAUGAUUGGAGAUCUGUGGAAUAGCCUUUCAGAGGAUGAAAAACUUCCCUAUCAAGAACGUGGUAUACAAGAAAAGGAACGCUAUAGAAAAGAGAUGUGCGAAUACAAGGAAAGAAAGCGACUUCAGGCUCAAGGUGUUGUGGUUGGAACCAGCAGUUCUCUGAGUAGCUUGCAGAUGGAGACAAAAUGUGAUCACUUGAGUGAUAUUGAUUUGAAUGUAGGGGAAGAGCCCCAGUAGUUGAUCACCUUAACUUAGCGCUUCUCAAAAUCUUACGUGGAAAUUUUAAAUCACUCCCAAUUUUUUAUAGUAGCUUACUUGGCAAGUCCCCUGCUUAUAACUAAGCUUUCAGCACCACAUCAUAAGUAUGGUGCCACAUCAGCAUGCUUUUUGCCAAGGUGUCCAAAACAGCCCCAAAAAAAGUGAGACCAAUAGGCAUGCAAAAGAGGCCCCAAUAGUUGUGCAGCUGAUAUGGCAUCACCUGAUUGGUUAUUUUUACAAUAUUAGUACAUUUCCUAAGAACUAUUGGUACAUUUCCUAACAAAAAUUGAUAUUUUAUGUUUCAAACAAUAGGUUUUAUUUGUUCAAUUUUUGGAACAAAAGGUAUCAACAACUCUCACAACAAUUGGUACAUGCUCAACUACUGGUGCUCUUCCCCUAGUCAAAUCAGUAGAGCUUAAACAAGAACACAUACCAUAUCAGAAGCAGAUUGCUCAGCCCUUGUCAGAGAGUAGCUCUGUGACAAGCAGUAGCAACCAUCAAACUCCUGUUCCAGGAAAUUCUGAUGUGAAUGCCAUAAAGAAUUUAUCAUCUGAUGAUGGAUAACCUCCUACUAUUGAUUUGCAAGACACGGGAAAGAAGUUGUUUGAGCUAGAUGUAUCUAAUCAGCAGAAGCCAGUUUGAAUUAGGAAUAUAAACUUAGUUGUACCAUAUAUAUUUCAUGUACCAAUGUCUUAUAGGUCAAACAGGUAGUGUUAAGUACAUUCGGACUGUAAGUUUGUAGACAUUAAAUGCACUUUUCUUGUUGCAAACAAGCAACAAAUUUUGUCCAUAUUUAGCAAGAGCUGCCAACAGACUAAGCUUUGAUUAUCAAAUUGGUCAAUUAAAUUUAUAAUGCAAUCUGUGGCUCCUUGAGCAAGUAUAAUACUCGACUAUUGAAGCAUUUUGUUUUGUUGCAGGUUUGAUUAUUAAUUUUCCCGAUAAAUAUUACUCUAUAAUCCCUGCCCUUUGUAGGCAGUGAUAUUACAAUUGGUACACAGUUAGUGCAACCCUUAAUUUUCA